AUGUACUCCCACGACGGCGGCCCGGUCCUCCUCUACCCUCAGCAGCCGCCGCCACCACCUCCGCUGUGCAGCUUCGUCCACAUCGUCCCCCAGUACACCAUGGUGGAGUACCCGCCGCAGCCGUCGCCCCUGGUGUUCACGCCCGGCCGCGGCGCGUUCUUGGAGGCCGCCGCCAAGGAGGUCCGCGCCGAGGUGCGCGACGUGUGGGCCGGCAACUUCGACGACGAGCUCUCCAACCUCUCGGCGGUGCUGCCGCACUACCCCUGGGUGUGCGUCGACACCGAGUUCCCCGGCGCGGUGCACGACUCGGACACGCCGCGGUACCUCCGCGGCCCGCGCGAGAGCUACGCGCUGGUGAAGAAGAACGUGGACGACCUCAAGCUGCUCCAGGUCGGGAUCGCGCUGUCGGGCCCCGCCGGCCGAUUCCCCGUCGCGUGGCAGUUCAACCUCCGGGGCUUCGACCUCGCGCGCCACCCGUACGCGCAGGCCUCCGUCGCCUUGCUCCGCGCGCAGGGGAUGGACUUCGCCACGAUGAACGAGUUCGGCAUCGCGCCAGACGACUUCGCCGUCGGGUUCCACCGCAGCGGCCUCGCCUGCGGGCAGCUCACCUGGACCGCGUUCUCGGGCUCCUACGACUUCGCAUACCUAGCCAAGGUGCUCACCGGUGGCCAGCCGCUGCCGGGCACGCUGGACGGGUUCCUCGCCUUGGUCCGUCAGCUGUUCGGUCCCAAUGUGCUCGACGUGAAGCACCUCGCCAGGUGCUGCGCCAUUCGCGGGGGGCUGGAACAGGUGGCCGCCGCGCUCGGCGUGGAGCGCGCUGCCGGGCGCGCGCACUGCGCCGGCUCCGACAGCCUGCUCACCACCGACGUGCUACAGGCAAUGCUGAAUCGCUUCUUCAUGAACGCCGAUGUGCUCGCGCACGCAGGAACCAUCGUAGACCUAGCCUAG